CACAGGUACAGCGGGAAUGUGGGAGAUUUUCCUGUCAGCAGAGACGGUGAGUGGGAAUCCUGUCAGGAAUCGGGAAAACUGACUGUUUGAGGGAAGCGGAAGCGAAAAGUGUGGAAUUGUGACCGCUUCCGUGUUUCCCCGAAUUUGACAAAUCAAAGUUCAUCCGGGAAUUUGGAGAACAAGUUCUGCUGCUUUUUCUUCUUUACAUCUAAACAUGUUUUUCAUCUCUUAAAGGAACAUGAUGUUGGAAAACAGCAGCUUGAGGUUCUUUACUGCUCUGCUGGUUUUGCUCCAGUCCGGUUUAUACAUCACAAAUGCACAAAUUCAGGAUUCCAGACCCAACUUUGUCCUGAUGAUGGUGGAUGAUCUGGGCAUUGGAGACGUCGGUUGCUAUGGAAACCACACCAUCAGGACACCAAAUAUCGAUCGGUUGGCGGCAGACGGAGUGAAACUGACCCAACAUCUCGCCGCGGCUCCUCUCUGCACUCCCAGCAGAACCGCCUUCAUGACGGGACGCUACGCUCUACGCGCCGGUCUGGGCAGCACAGGUCGAGUUCAGGUGAUUCUGUUUCUUGCUGGAUCUGGAGGUCUUCCACCUAAUGAAACCACCUUCGCUAAACUUCUGCAAAAGCAGGGUUACACCACCGGCAUUGUGGGUAAGUGGCAUUUGGGUGUGAACUGCGAGAGCAGGAAUGAUCACUGCCACCAUCCCAACAAUCACGGCUUUGACUUCUUCUACGGGCUUCCCUUCACCUUGUUCAAAGACUGCAAACCCGGUGCGGGUAAAGGCGUCCUGGUGGACGUGCAGGAGAUGCUGUGGCAGACAUCUGCACUGCUGGCGCUGGCAAUUCUGACGCUGCUUGCAGUCCGGGCCGCCGGUCUGCUGCGGAUCAGCUGGACGCUCAUGGCGUUUCUGGCCGUUCUGUCACUGCUGAGCUUCAUGGUGUGGUUUGUGAUCUUUGAACUCCUGCAGACCUGGAACUGCAUCAUCAUGAGGAACAGUGAGGUGGUGGAGCAGCCCAUGAAGCUGGAGACGCUGAACGCGAGGCUGAUGAGAGAAGCGGAGCAGUUCGUAGAGAGACACAGAGACGGGCCCUUCCUGCUCUUCCUGUCAUUGGCACACGUGCACACACCCCUCUUCGUGUCUGAAGGCUUUGCCGGAACGAGCAAACACGGGCUGUACGGGGACAACGUGGAAGAGGCGGACUGGAUGGUUGGUAGAAUGGUGGAGACCAUUGAAAGACUCGGCCUGUCGGAGAAAACCUUGAUGUACUUUACCUCUGAUCACGGCGGCCACAUCGAAGACGGUCCGAAUGGAGGCUGGAACGGAAUCUAUCGCGGUGGGAAAGCAAUGGGCGGCUGGGAGGGAGGAAUCCGAGUGCCGGGAAUAUUCCGCUGGCCUGGACGUCUCAUCCCGGGAAAGGAAGUGGAAGAACCAACCAGUCUGAUGGAUGUUUUUCCCACGGUGGUGAAGCUGGCAGGCGGAGCGCUGCCGGAGAACAGGAUUCUGGACGGUCAUGAUCUGAUGCCUCUGCUGGAGGGUAAAACCAACCGCUCAGAGCACGAGUUUAUGUUCCACUACUGCGGCAUAUACCUGAACGCUGUACGCUGGCACCCGCCUCACAGUGACUCCGUCUUCAAGGUCCAUUUCUUCACACCAAACUUCUCUCCAGCGGGAGCCGUCGGCUGUUACGACAUCAACAUCUGCUUGUGUUACCGUGAUUACGUGACGUAUCACAGCCCUCCGCUGGUGUUCGAUCUCAGCAGGGAUCCGUCAGAGAGCCGUCCGCUCUCACCGGACACCGAGCCGCGCUUCGCAGAGGUGCUGGAGCGGGUCGAGCGGGCCGUGACGGAGCACCGCAGAACUUUGACGCCGGUGGAGAAACAGCUGACGUGGGCGAACGUCCUGUGGAAGCCGUGGCUGCAGCCCUGCUGCGGGACCUUCCCCUUCUGCUCCUGUGAGGAGACCAACCGCACGCCUGCAGGACCACAAUGAAGGACUGAAAUACGGAAGCUCAUUUCUGCCACAGAAUAAAAAUAGAUUUAAAAACAAGAAGAGAAAUGUAACUUUUCUUUCCUCAGUUGCAAGUUUAUAUCCAACCAUUCAUACUUUUUUUCUUGCAAUUCAGAAUUUUUUUCUUUAAAAUUGCAUGAAACUGCAAUUUUGCAUUUUCAAAUAUUGCAAUUUUGACUUUUUUUUUUAAUUCUGACUUUGCAAUUUUGACAUUUUUCCUCAUAGUUGCGAGUUUAUUUACUGCAAUUUUGACAUUUGUUUAGAAGUAUGAAUUUACAUAUCACAAUUUUUUAUUUUUCUCAGAAUUGCGAGUUAUAAAAUUGCAAUUGAGUUUACACCUUUCAGUUCUUUCUAUUUCAAAAUUAAUAAUAAUAAUAAUAAUAAUAAUAAUAACAACACAUUUUAUUUAUAGUGCACUUUACAUUAAAGAAAAUCUCAAAGUGCUACAGAAAAUGUGAUAAUAAUAUACAACAAUAAAAUAAACUAGAUAAAAUAAAGUCACACCAGAAAGUUGAAAAGUUUUAAAAAGUUUCAAGUUUGAUGGUUUUCAGUCUGAAAUAGUUUUAAGUUUAAAGUAGUUUAAAAAGGUUAAAGCUUGAAUUUUUUUGAAGGCAACACAGUCUGUCAGAGAUAAAGAUAGAUAGCAUGUUAUUAGCAUGCUACUAACAUGAUUAACAUGUAACUAGCAUGUUGUUAGCAUGUUUAGCAUGUCACUAGCAGUAUUUACAAGUUAAAAGCAUGUUGCUAGCAUGAUUAGCAGGUUACUAGCAUGUUUCGAAUGUGAUUAACAAGUCGCUAGUCUGCUUCUAGCAUGAUUAUCAAGUUACUAGCAUGUUGCUAACAUGUUUUUAUCAUGAUCAAGUUGCUAGCAUGGGUCUAGCAUGAUUGUCAAGUUACCAGCAUGUUGCUAACAUGAUUAGCAUGUUACUAGCAUGUUGCUAACAUGAUUAGCAUGUUGCUAACAUAAUUAACAAGUUACUAGCAUAAUUAGCAUUUUGCUAACAAUUUUAUAAUGAAUAACAUGUUACUAGCAUGUUGGUAGCAUAUUUAGCAUGUCACUAGCCUGAUUUGCAAGUUAAGAGCACGUUGCUAGCACAAUUAGCAUGUUUCUAACAUGAUUAGCAAGUUGCUAGUCUGCUUUUAGCAUGAUUAUUAAGUUACUAGCAUGUUUGCUAGUCUGCUUCUAGCAUGAGUAGCAUGUUUUUAUCAUGAUCAAGUUGCUAGCAUGUGUCUAGCAUGAUUGUCAAGUUACUAGCAUGUUGCUAACAUAAUUAGCAAGUUACUAGCAUAAUUAGCAUGUUGUUAACAAUUUUAUAAUGAUUAACAUGUUACUAGCAUGUUGUUAGCAUGUUUAACAUGUCACUAGCAGUAUUUACAAGUUAAAAGCAUGUUGCUAGCAUGAUUAGCAUGUUGCUAGCAUGUUUCAAAUGUGAUUAACAAGUCGUUAGUCUGCUUCUAGCAUGAUUAUCAAGUUACUAGCAUGUUGCUAACAUGUUUUUAUCAUGAUCAAGUUGCUAGCAUGGGUCUAGCAUGAUUGUCAAGUUACCAGCAUGUUGCUAACAUGAUUAGCAUGUUGCUAACAUAAUUAACAAGUUACUAGCAUAAUUAGCAUUUUGCUAACAAUUUUAUAAUGAAUAACAUGUUACUAGCAUGUUGGUAGCAUAUUUAGCAUGUCACUAGCCUGAUUUGCAAGUUAAGAGCACGUUGCUAGCACAAUUAGCAUGUUUCUAACAUGAUUAGCAAGUUGCUAGUCUGCUUUUAGCAUGAUUAUUAAGUUACUAGCAUGUUUGCUAGUCUGCUUCUAGCAUGAGUAGCAUGUUUUUAUCAUGAUCAAGUUGCUAGCAUGUGUCUAGCAUGAUUGUCAAGUUACUAGCAUGUUGCUAACAUGAUUAGCAUGUCACUAGCAUGUUGCUAACAUAAUUAGCAAGUUACUAGCAUAAUUAACAUGUUGCUUACAAUUUUAUAAAGAUUAACAUGUUACUAGCAUGUUGUUAGCAUAUUUAGCAUGUCACUAGCCUGAUUUGCAAGUUAAGAGCAUGUUAGCACGAUUAGCAUUUUUCUAACAUGAUUAGCAAGUUGCUAGUCUGCUUUUCGCAUGAUUAAGUUAUCAACAUGUUUGCUAGUCUGCUUCUAACAUUAAUAACAUGGCAGUAGCAUGUUUCUAGCAUGAUUAGCAACUUACUAGCAUGUUACUAGUAUGCUUCUAGCAUGAUUAGCAUGUUACUAGCAUGUUGCUAGCAUUUUUUUAUGAUUAUCAAGUUGCUAGCACGUUUCUAACAUGAUUAGCAAGUUGUUAGCAUGUUGCUAGCAUAUUUCUAGCAUAAUUAGAAAGUUAAUAGCAUGAUUCUGGUUGCUAGGCAUGGAUGGAUAGAUAGAUAGACAGACAGACAGACAGACAGAUAGAUGAGUUUGAAUGAGUUUGAAUGGAUUAGAAAUACAGUACAUAGGGAAGUUUUUAGUCUCAAGGGAUUCUGGGAGUUUUGUCAGUUGUAGUUUGAAUAGUGUUGCUCAUUUGAACAUUCCGUCAGUGUAAAUCUAAGGGAUUUUUCCCAGUUUUAAUCAUUAUUUUAAAGAAAAUCGUAAGUCGGAUCAGUUAGAAAAGAUACAGCACACCUGGUCAGUUUGGAGUUUAAUCUUGCAGAUCUUGCAGUUUUAGUUUUGCAGGAUGCACUUGCAAUUUUACAUCUGACCUUCUCUGAAUUCUGAGUUCACAUCUUGCAAUUUGGACUUUUUUUUCUCAGAAUUCUGUUUAUAUUUUAAUUCUGACUUUUCCCCAAAAUGUUUAGACUCCUUGACUCCACAUGCACAUGCGGAACUCUAAAAUUGAAACUGCAUUUCUAAGAAAAACAGCGCUGAAUUUUGAGAUUAUAAUCUGCAGUUGGAAGAUAUAAACUCACCGUUGCUUUUUUUUUAAAAAUAAUUUUAUUCCGUGGUGGAAAUCAGCUUCCUUACAGAACUCAUGAUGAUGUCAAGAUUAGCACAUCAAAAGAAGGGCGUUUAUGAAGAACAAUUCAGAAGGAGUUUGAGGUGAACAUGAUGAUUUAAUGUGAAGAGGAUCAAUUGUACUGUACAGCACACUGUCAUGUCUUCAUUAUAUAUGUGUGAAAGUACUGGGUAAAGUGUUAAAGUUUGGAAAAAUUUGUACAUUAAAUAUUAAAGGUUUUUUAAAGAGGAAAAUCAGCUGAUUUUCUUUUAUCAAAGCAUCACAGAGUUCUAAUUAAAUCAUUGCAUGUUAUUUUGUGAUGUUCGUUGGUUUGUUACUUAAAAUGGUUCAUCCUGUUUGAUCAAAAUGUUUAAAAACAUCUGAAUCUUUAAUGACUGGCUUUAUAAAUCUUAAUAAACUUGAGUACUCUCUUGACGAAUAUGGUCUGUCCAGCAGAGGGCGCUGCAGUUACAUGGAGAAAUUAGAAAUAAGAGAUUUGAUUAUACAGAAACUCCAUAGAUGUUUAUUUCCUUUGGAAGCGUGUCCUAUGAAAAAAUAAAAAGCCAUAUUA